AUGAGCCCAAGGAUCACUUGUCCCAAGACCAGCUUUCCAGCGGAAUUGGAAGGCAUACCCGACGAUGUCAGGGAAGCUAGAAUCUGUGUUGCCACGCAAGAAUGUCAGGAUUCCGGACCGGCUGCUGUACCGAUUGGGACCGCCAGCAAACAGUCAAUCGUAGCGCUGCUACAUCCUGCACUCCAGCACCUAGCACCGCGCCCCAUCUGA